AGAGAGUUCAGUCGUUUCGUGGCUGCCGAGUUGACCGGGCGUGUCGUACUGAAGUUCUCUUCUUCAACAAUCUUUUCGCGCCGGUUUUUUUUCGUGAUUUCACCCUUUAUUUCAACCCUUCUUAUUAAUUGAUUCUUUAUUUAUCGUCUAUCAAUUUUUACCUUGUCUACAAAUUUUCUUCCAAACUUUCUAAUCGAAAAUUAUCGGAAGAAUCAUGGAUUGUACGACGUUCGCGAAAAUUCUCUCGUUCCUAACGCUGAUACAAUUUGUCAUGUGCGACGGAAUAGCACCAGACCCGAAAACCUUCUUUCAAGGGAUCAAAGGUAAUCUGACCAACAUCGUCUGGGCUCAUGCAGUCAACAGCAAAGAAAACCUUGCCAAGGCACUGACCGCAAAAAACAUCAUGAUGCUCGAGGCCGACGUGGUAUUAGGCUACCUGACGACCAAUUCAACAAAUACCAAUAUAACAAACAGCAUACCGAUAAUGGCACAUCCACCGGAAACGGAAAGUGAUCUAUCUCUGGAAGAAUUUCUAAUGGUUGUUCUUAAUGAUGGUAGCAAGGGUAUAAAAUUAGAUUUCAAGAGUAUCGAAGCAUUCGAUGGCAGCAAGUCAAUCCUUGCUAAUAAGCGAAAAGAGUUUACCGUUCCUUUGUUCUUAAAUGCCGACAUUCUACCUGGACCAGUCGAUGCCAAAACACUUCCGGUCAAUUCUACUUUAUUCUUGGAAAGUGCAAUGAAAACUUUCCCAGAAAGUGUCUUAUCCGUUGGUUGGACGACCAGAUACGGGUCAGAGCCCAACAUAACCGAAGGCCAGUAUACGGAGGAACAUAUACAGAAUAUGGUAGAUACCUUAACAAAGAACAAAGUUACUCAGUCGGUAACUUAUCCAGUGAGAGCUGGUUUAGCUGCAGGUGACAUCAACGUCAUGAAAACUUUGAUAGAUCGCAGCUCAAGCUUUGGCAAUGCAACUUUGACCAUUUGGUCCAGUCAAGGAGAUAAUGUCGAUACGAAUAAAUUAUCUGAAUUGAUAAAAACAAUUGGCAUUGAUAAAGUAUACGUCGACGUUCCCCAAGAUGUUUGGAUGAAGCUCGAUUUGUCCAAUGGUUCUUCGACCUUUAACACAGCUAUGAUGACCGUAAUGACGCUUAUUUCGUUUCUCUUCGCCAGGAUGCUGUGAAGCGAUUUAUGAGACGAUCAAUCGAGAUUCUUAGAAAGAAUACAAUUUUACAAUAAGCGAGUAUCUUCGUCCAUUCUGGACUAAUUCAAAAAAAAAAAAAAAGAAUUGAAUGCUUUAGAUCUCGCUAACUUCGCUUUCCGUCGAUCAAUUUUACGAGACGAUCGUUCAUCGAAGUAACAUCACACUUCUAUAUUCUCAUUUCUUUUUUUUUUUUUUUUUUUUUUACACGAGAUCUCUCAACAAAUUUCUCGGUCUCGUAUAUUACUCUUCUUCAUCGUCAUUUACUUCUUUAUUUUUAUUUUUAUGUACGCCUCUCCAACAAAAAAAAAAAGGAAAUAUACUUACGAAUGAUUUUCUUCGAAAAUCUUUGCGAAUAUAUGUCGUAAAUCAAUUUAACAAAAUGAGAUCAAUCACUUAAAACACAUAAACGCACGAACACAUAUACAAACUCUGACACACAUACGUAAACAAUUCCUUUCGCUUAUAAAUAUUAAUAAUAAUCGAUUAGUAGGGAUAACAAUUCACUCUUAUAGGAUUAGAUGCACAAUUUUAUCGCGAAUACCGUUUUAUACAUUUAACAAAAAAAAAAA